CCCAUGUCUCUCCACCAUCUCCUACGGGAAGAACGAGCAAAAAAGUAUUUCCAUGGAGAGGGAACCCAAUUUAAAUUUUCAUUUUCCUCCUGGUUUUAGGUUCCAUCCAUCUGAUGAGGAGCUCAUCAUUCAUUACUUACAAAACAAAGUGACUUCACGUCCACUUCCAGCAUCUGUAAUUGCUGAAAUAGAUCUGUAUAAAUAUAACCCAUGGGAGCUACCCAAGAAAGCUUUGUUUGGAGAAGAUGAAUGGUAUUUCUUCAGUCCACGAGACAGAAAGUACCCAAAUGGAGAAAGACCAAACAGAGCUGCCGCUUCGGGUUAUUGGAAGGCUACCGGCACUGACAAGCCUAUACUCACUUCUUCUGGAUCAAAGAAUAUUGGAGUCAAGAAAGCAUUGGUCUUUUACACAGGUAAACCCCCAAAAGGAGUUAAGACAGAAUGGAUUAUGAGCGAGUACAGGCUGUUGAAGACGAUCAUUAAGCCCUCAAGAUUAAAAGGAUCCAUGAGACUGGAUGAUUGGGUGCUAUGCCGGGUUCGGAAAAAAGGCAACAUAACAAAAAACACAUUUGAAGUUCAAGACAGCUGCAGCACAGAACUGAUGAGGUACUCACCCACGAUUGAGGAGUUACAUCCAACAUUCACAGACUGCAGAACUGACAUGAUAACAAAUUGCCUAAACCAAGAUUGCCAAGUACUAGCUUUGUUACUUGCUAGUCAAGCUUUAUCUCCUAUGGAGACCAAUUCAACAGCCACAUUCCAUGGAAGCAACGAGAGCAACAGCUUUAUUUCAGUUUAUGAAGAAGGUUCUGAUAAAGUGAAUUUGCCGACAUUAAAUCCUUCUUUGGACAAUUAUUUCAACCCACUGACAAGAAAACUUAGUCUGGGUAAUAGGGAAGAGAAUCUCCUUCCAUCUGACAAGAAGCUGAACAAUGACAAAAGAAAUGAGGAUUUUCUACCUAUGAAGAUACUGUCCAAAAAUGAUAUGAACUACUCCAGCCAAAACCAAUCUCAAGAUGGGAUCUACAACCCCUGCCCAUCAGAUUCCAUUAUUGAAUUCCAGGAUCUUAAUAAUUGGCCUUCACAUACAUAUUCUUAAGGCAAUGAACAGUUCAAACAAGCUCGAUUCAUCACUGAAUUGAUGCAAUCAGGAACUUAAAUUUCUGAUUAUGUACAGAAAAAG